AUGGCGUACAGCGGCCUCACGGUGCCGCUGAUCGUGAUGAGCGUGUUCUGGAGCGUCGUGGGCCUCCUGGUGCCCUGGUUCAUCCCCAAGGGUCCCAACCGGGGAGUGAUCAUCACCAUGUUGGUGACCUGUUCAGUUUGCUGCUAUCUCUUUUGGCUGAUUGCAAUUCUGGCCCAGCUCAACCCUCUGUUCGGACCGCAGCUGAAAAACGAAACCAUCUGGUAUCUCAAGUAUCACUGGCCUUGA